GCCACGCCCAUAUUACAUGUGAAGUAAGAUGGCGGAAACAACAUGGCCGAAACAGGAAUAGAUCGCCUGAUGGAGCGAAAUUUGCAUUUAUCUGACAUAAUACAAUAAAUUACACUCACUAAUGAUAUCUGAAAAAAUCGAAACAUUUAAACUGAACAUUUUAGAAAGGCAUAAAGUCUGCCCGUACUCCAUUUUCACGCAUAGGCCUUCCGUUGUUUUCGUUGUGAGAUAUUUGACACUUGUGUAAAAAUGAUGGCGCAGCAGAGAUCUCGCUCUAGAGAAGAACCUCCUGUUGAGAGAGCACCGAAGAUGUAUGUUGAUCCGGAAAUUCGAUUUUCAAAAAUGGAGAAGAUUGGGAAGGGAUCUUUUGGUGAAGUGUUUAAAGGAAUAGACAAUGAAAGUCAGCAAGUAGUUGCUAUUAAAAUAAUAGACUUAGAGGAAGCGGAAGAUGAAAUAGAAGAUAUACAACAAGAAAUUAUGGUCCUUUCACAGUGUGACAGUCCUUUUGUUACUAAAUAUUAUGGUUCAUAUUUGAAGGGUUCAAAGUUAUGGAUUAUAAUGGAAUAUUUAGGUGGUGGUUCAGCAUUAGAUUUAAUGAAGGCAGGACCAUUUUCUGAAACUGACAUUGCUAUUAUAAUAAGGGAAAUUCUUAAAGGAUUAGAUUAUUUACAUUCUGAGAGAAAAUUACAUAGAGACAUAAAAGCUGCCAAUGUAUUACUGUCAGAAAAUGGUGAUGUCAAAUUAGCAGAUUUUGGAGUUGCUGGUCAACUAACCAAUACAACCAAUAAAAGAAAUACAUUUGUUGGGACACCAUUCUGGAUGGCACCAGAAGUUAUCAAACAGUCAGCUUAUGAUACAAAGGCUGAUAUAUGGAGUUUAGGUAUAACUGCUAUAGAAUUAGCGAAGGGAGAACCUCCAAACUCAGAACUUCAUCCAAUGCGGGUAUUAUUUCUCAUUCCAAAAAAUCCUCCUCCUCAACUCACGGGGAACUACUCAAAGUUUUUCAGAGAAUUUGUAGAGCUUUGUUUAAAUAAAGAGCCUGCAAAUCGACCAAGUGCCAAAGAUUUAUUAAAACAUAAAUUUAUACUAAGAGCGAGAAGGACAACAUAUCUUCAAGAUUUAAUAGACCGUUACAAACGAUGGAAGUCUGAGCCAAAAAACAACGGUGAUUCUGACAGUGAUGAAAGUGAACCAGAUGAAGAAGAUGAAGCUAAUGUAGAUACAGACUGGAUAAUGACGAUCAGACAAGCAGAUCAAGAUUUAAAGAAACAGUUACAGAAUGGAGAUAAGAUGCCAGAUCAGAAUCAACAGAAACGCCCUGCCCCUCCGGCUCCCCCCAACAAUCCCAUGCAUGAUGAUACAAAUAAUUACAAUAUUGGUCCUAGAAAACAGGAGAGAAUACCGGAUAGUCAACCAUAUAAUCACCCAGCUAGAGGUCCUCCUCAGGGACAAAUUAGUGGACAUAUAAGUUCACAAGGACCAUUAAUGGGACGUACAGAAUCAGCACCAGUUUUAAGUGAUCGUAAAGAUGGCGCACCCAUUCACCAACGUAGUCACUCUGACGAUGCACAACCUCCAUCUUCAUAUUACCCUGCGUAUCCUGCCGCAAACCCAUCUAAUCAUGUCAAUCGACCAUCAUCACGUCCUAAAUCUCAGUAUGAUAUACCUGCAAAUAUACCGCCAAAACCAUAUGGGGUCAACAGGGGCCCUGAUAUUGUACAAUUUAGACAUCAAAGUCGCCAGCCAGCUCCCCAGCCCCCAGGUCCAGGACGACCAACGUCUAUGAUAGAUAUACCGCGACAGUCUUCCAGUCUCUCUAAUACAGUAGUACCUUUACUUUCUUCACUUAAAUCAGAAUACUAUGAAGAUUACCGACGCAACGGUAGACCUGUUCAACGAACCGAAACUGUAGAUGAACUCAAAAAUGCUUUUGAAUUGGUUGAGAGAUCCUGUCCUGGUAUUGUUGAUGAAUUUUUAACGAGUGUUGUAAGUCGUUUAGCCUCAGUAUCACAAGGAGGAGUCGAUGUUAGACGAGCUGUAGAUAAAAUUAAAAGGCCUUCCUAGCAGUUGUAGUUGCCUAGGUUACACCAGUUAGCAUUACCGAUACGGUUACAUACACGAUGGUCCAUAGACUGAUUUUACUGUGAUAAACAAACAUUUUAUAGAAAGUGCUUACAUUACUUGACAUGGCAAGAAGUGAUGGUGCUCUCCUUCAUAACAUCGUCAAUCCUUGCACAACAUCAUUAUAAAUGGGUCAAAAUGUAUAUCUGACAGAAAGAAAGAUUAUAUCACUGCAUCAAUGUACAGGAUUCCUAAUUGUUGGAGCCUAUGGAUAUUUUGUAAACCUUAAUUAUUAAAGUAUAGAUGUUUGUAUUUGAAAGAUUUGAAUACAAACUACAAAACUAAUUAUUCUUUGAUAUCUCAUAAAUGCAGGUUAAGAAAUAUAGCAUCAAUGACUUUUAAUGCAGAAGAAAACACAGUGUUGGAUUUUUUAGGUAGAACUAUUUACUUAUUAAUUUUAGUUUAAGAAACUUGAAGAAAAAAAAAUGGAAGCUAUUUCUAAUUAGACACACACUUCAUUGUUCAGUUGACUAUAGUAUAUUGACUUAAAAAUGGUAUAAUCAUUUUGUUCAACACUAGAAUUAAUUAUAAACAUAUAUAUUCUUAAUUAAACUGUGUUGCCAUGGAAAUGUAAGAUUUAUAGGAAGAUAAUGAGGAAAGAUUUGUUCCUGUGAUCCUCUAUAGGCUGUCUUUUAUAUAGAUAAGAAUCAUUUCUAAAAAUCAGGAAGUUACUGUUUUCCUCCCAGUUUUAGUCGAUUAUUAAUUUGUACUAAAUUUGAUUAUUACAAUAUUGUAAACAUUGAGAGGAUAACAGUGCAGACUUAGUUGUAUAAUUUCAUGUUACUUUAUUUAUCUUUGUUAAUGUAUUAUCAUAUAUUAUGUUAAAUGGCUAUAAUUGACCAAUAUUUAAAAGUGACCCAAUUGAUUAAUCUGUAUAUGUAUUUAUUUAACAAAUUUAGACAUAAUUGUGCAAUUCUAUAAAUAGACUUGAACAACUUUUCUGUAAUAUCACUUAAGUUCAUCGACUAAUAAUAUAUAAUGAUGAAAGACAAAUUGUUUCCCCUUUUUAUUUCUAGUUUGAAAGUUUGUUUGUUAGUGUAUAUUUUCAAUGUGUUAUAAUUUGAAUAUGUCAGUGAUGAAAGAAUGUAUUAUAUAGAAUGAGUGUAGUUCGUCAUGCUAAAUUUUAUAUUCUUAUGUGAAUAUGUUAUAGCAUACCAAGGUCAAGGUCAAAAUACUUUGACUUACAGUAACUUGAGUGGCUAAAAUAAAGUCUGCUCAUUCCCUGCUUAUUAUUUUUUUAAACUAAGGAUGAAAUUUAAUUUGAAGUUCCCUUUUAUAAAUAAGAUUAAAUGUGGUCAACUUAUUGAAGUAGCUUGAUCUUUAAGUUGUAGCAUUUACUAGUUUAUUUUCAGUUCUGUGGUUUUAUUUUAAUUUCAACUAAAAAAAUCAAUCUUACAAUUUUUACUACAUUGUUAGAUCUUAUAAAAGAAAGAUGGUAUCCAAUGAUAGUUUAGACAAAUUAAAAUGUUAAAAGUUGGGUGAUAAUUUCCUUUUACUGAAUAAAUAACAUAUGACAUUUUAAAACUUAUAAUUUCUUGUUAUUUAAAGGACAAGUAUAAGAAUAUAGUUUUAGUAAUUUUGUUUUCUUAAGUGUGAAGAUAUAUUAUAUCAAUGUUAAUGUAGUUCUUGUAAAUCAAACCACAAAAAUGAUAUAUGCAUUUUAGUAUCAGUUGAUAUUAAACCUGUCCUGUUCACUCCGAUGUUAGACUAGAAAUGCUUUAACUUUUGCUCAGCAAAGCUUCAUAUUUUGACUAAAAAUAGUAAGCACAAAAGGGGCCAAAAAUCUUAUGAGUUUCAUCAAUGAUCGACAAUCAGAAUUGUUCAGGAUAAAGUGUACAUAUAUACAUUUUGUAAUUUAUAACAAAUUUGUACAUUUUCAUUAAGAUUGACAACUAAUUUCUUAUGUUUUUUUGUUUUUUUUAAAUCUGUGUAUGAAAUGGCCAUUUUAUUGGAUGCUGAAAAUGUUUAAGUUACACAGAUUUUGAUAUUGUAUUUCUGAAUGAUAAAGAUAGGUUAAUACAUUCAUGGUAUUAAAGAAAUGAAUAUAAAAGAUUUUUUUCUGGCUUUUCAAUUGAUGUAAUUUUAAUUCAAAUGUUGAAAUAGCUUUUGAUUUGUUGUUUUUAUGGGAAAAUAUUUAUUAUUAAAACUUUCACAAGUUGAAGUUCAUAUUUGAAAGAAAAAUCAGAGGGACAGCAGUCAAUUUGAUAUGGCCUUAUAAAGCAAUGCUAUUUUCGCUGUCACAUAUCUCUUCUGGAAUACAAUAAUUUCCACACAUCACAAUGACUUCAUUACAUUGAUAAAUUUCUGAUUCUAUUUAGCUGCAAUCAAAUGUCUAAAACAAAAUCUAUCUUCAAGCAAAUGUCAGUCUGUAUGAGCCAUCCAGUGAAAUCUUAUUUUAAUAUUCAACAUGGUUUGUAGGAAAUUUUAUUUGGGAAGACAGGUGUAUGGUAGAACCUUUAAAUAAAAAUCUAUUUUGAGGAGACAAUAACGUAUUUUGAGGAGACAAUAACAUAUUCCAUAUAUUAAAUGUUUAGGGCUGUUCCAAGAUAAGGGCAUAUAAAAAUUCAAAGAUGAGCUCUUUAACCUUUUCCUCCAUAAUGACGCUUUUUGACGCCACCCCCUUUACUCCUUAAUGACGCCUUUUGACGCCUGUGUAGUACCUUAGUUUUGUAAUGCUUUGACUACAAAAUGUCUGCAUCAGACUUUAAAAAAAAAUUUGUAUCCAAUAUGAAAAGGAUAUUCAUGAGAAUAUCUGACUUGAAUUUCAUUGAUGAAAUAAUUGUUUUCAUAAUGCAUUAAUACUUUAAACCUGAUGAUUUUUUUUAUUGAAAAAAACCGAUGCGAAUCAUGUAUGUGAAGAAAUAAUAUCCAUGGAGGAAAGGGUUAAGACCUGAUCAACCAUAAAAUUAAAAUUAUUAGAAAAAUGCAACCACCAAUAUUUAUUUGAUAUGAGUGCCUGUCAUUUUGAAACAGCCCAUAGACAGACCACUUUAGGAAUUCUGUGAAAUCCGUAACAUUUGUCACGAAAGGAUGAUGUCUUUAUUUGCAUCCAUUAUAUAUGUAUGGUUAUGUUUGUAUAUUAACAAAUUUAUGUGUAAAUAUUUGCUUAUAAUGUAUAUUAUAUACAUAUAUAUAUAUAUCAUAUCAUUCCAAAGGACUUCUCAGAUGUAUUACUGAAUAAAUACAUUUUAACUUUU